AUGAAAGCUCCAAAACCCUAGAUCCUAAAAACUUGCACUCCAUAGCAGAAAGUGAUAAGGAUGAAAUUAUAUCUAAGUUUGUUUUAAGAAAUCCUGGAAAUAUUCACAACAAGUUUUUCCAUUUUUUUCUUAAAGUCCAUCAAUUUUAAAGAGAGCUACAUUCUGAAUGUUGGUAAAUGUUUUACUGAAUUACGAAUUUCUACAUUUGCAUGUAACCAUCUAUUCUACAAUAUUUAUUAGUAUAAUUUUAUAACAUCAAUUACAUCGGGCAUCAACCUGAUCUUAAAAGAAAGUUGUCCUUUCACUUUAUCCUAUUCAAUCCAAUGGCAAGAGGCUCAGCAGAUCCUAUAACUGCAGAAUUCCAUUAUUAGAACAGUCCAUUUGGUGAGAUUGGAGAAAUUGAAAUUUUUAGACCCAUUGCUUAAAUUUUCUUUUAUGAACAAACUUUGACUUUAUUUAAGCUUAGAGCCCCAAACACAAUAACAAAGGAUCUUGGAGCCUUAAUUAACUUUAGAUUAAAAAAUUCUGGAAUUGUAUCUUCGCAUUACAUAAAUAAACUCUUAUUUCAAUAAUUAAACUCAAUAAUAUACCGUCAGGGGUUCAUAACCCCGUUAAUUAAGAAUGAAAAAAACAUAAUUAAUUUACUUGAAAUGAAAAUCAUCAAAAUUUUACUACUCCUUUGCAUUGUCUCUUCAGUGUUCACACAACUUACUUAAGGUGCUCCAACAGGUGGCCAAAGUAAGACCCUUAAACUAAUAUUAUUUUAGGCGGCUCUGGAAGCUCUAAUCCCACAUAAGGUACCCCUACUGGCCAAUAAGGAUAAUAAAAUACACCCGGUAUCUAAUUAUAUCUUAUCAUUUUUAGGUGGCUAACAACAAGGCGGUAUGUAACAAGGUGGUCAAUAAGGUGGCCAACAAGGCGGCUAACAAGGCGGUUAACAAGGCGGUUAACAAGGUGGAUAAUAAGGUGGAUAAUAAGGUGGAUAAUAAGGUGGAUAAUAAGGUGGAUAAUAAGGUGGCCCACAAACUGGAGGAAAAGCCAAGAAAUGCUAACCAACACAAUCACAAUAAGGAUAACGAUAAGGACAAUAAUAAGGAUAAUAAUAGGGUUAAUAAUCAGGACAGUAAUAACCAAGCUCAUAAACCCUCCCUGGAAAUCAACUUCCACCAUCAGGAACAACCUAAUAACAACCACCAAGUGGUACUUAAUAACCAUCUGGAACCCAACCAAGUGGUACUUAACAACCAUCUGGAACCCAACCAAGUGGUACCUAAUAACAAGGUGGAACCCAACCAAGUGGUACCUAAUAGCAAGGUGGAACCCAACCAUAACAACCAAGUGGAACACAAUAACAAGGUGGAGCUCAAUAACCAGGUGGAUAAUAAGGCGGUUAAUAAGGAUAAUCUGGAUAAGGAUAAAUGGGUCAAGGAUAAGGAUAAACUGGAUAAGGAUAAGGAUAAAUGGGUCAAGGAUAAGGAUAAAUGGGUCAAGGAUAAGGUUAAGGCCAAGGUUAAGGACAAGGUUAAGGACAAGGUUAAGGACAAGGUUAAGGACAAGGUUAAGGACAAGGUUAAGGAUAAGGACAAGGUUAAGGAUAAGGACAAGGUUAAGGUUAAGGUUAAGGAUAAGGACAGGGAUAAGGAUAAGGAUAAGGAUAAGGAUAAGGAUAAGGAUAAGGACAAGGAUAAGGACAAGGAUAAGGACCUUAAGGACCUCCUUAAUCAAAAGGAUAAUGGAAUUAAGACUCAGAGCAACAAGAAUAAUGUGUUGAAGUCGAAGUCACUUGUGCUGAUAAUGAAAUUGUGUUCAAAGAUAGAUGUGUUGCCUAAACAUGUGAAAAUUUGGACAAAGUUCAAAGCAAAGAGCAAGGAGGAAAGAAGAAGCUUCCAAUUAAAGUUGAUGGAAAAGCUGACUUCAAUGACAAUAAAGAUGUUGUUGUAUAAUUAGCAUUCCCUGAUAACAAAGACAAGGCACUUGUUAAAUCAGAUGGAAAUGCAAAUGCUUGCGUUGAAAGAGCAAUUUACAGAUAUAGACCAAGUUUCUUAAGUGAAACAUUAGAUGAUUCAACUGUUACAAGCAGUUAUGAUGAUGAUAAAUAAUUGAGAAUUUGGGAAUUCACAAUCUUGAAUGCAGAUCUUGAUAGCAAAUUAUUCAAAGAUGAAUAAACAGAUAAGAUAGUUUAUACUGGUUACUAUUCAGUUAAACUAACAAUCUAAGAAAAGAAAUUAGCUCAAUUCUUCUUUACAUUCUUUGUAGCAGUCGACUUAGAUGGUAAUGUUUUAACAGCUUAAGCCACAUCUGAUGCUUAAGAUGAUACUCCUGCUUGUGCUACUGAAGAUAAUUGUGUUUCAAGAGCUGAGACUGAAGUAGGAUUUUGCAGUGACUAAACCUGUUAAACUCUCGUUGAUUAACCAUAAGUCUAUGCAGGAUAAAACUUCUAUGUUGUCCAAAGAGUCAAAUAAACUGGAUUUGAAAAGUGGAAAGUCGGAGAUGCUGAUGUUACUAUCACUGGUGAUGGAGUCAACAAGAAAUUGAAACCUGCUUCUCAAGAUAAACAAGCUGGAUAAACCAUUUAUACAUUAAAUGUUGACAUUCUUGCCAAUAAUGUUGAAUUCUCAGUCAAUGGUAAGCUUGAAGAUCCAACUGCUGCUCGUAGAUUCAGAUUUUUAUAAGAUACUACAACCACCGAUGGAACUGAAGUCUCCUCUGCUAAAGCUGUUGGUUCAACUACUCUAGAAUGCAUUAAGAAGGAUGCCAACUCUUCAUGCCCAACCGCUGAAGAAGCCAAAGCAUACAAUAAACCAGAUUGCGGAACUAUCGGAUAAGCAGAAUGCGAAAGCAACAAUGGAUACAUCUGGUCAUUUGUGAUCUUGGCUAUCUUAAUGCUAGUACAAUGAUUAAUUAUUUACAUCAUUAAGCAC